AUGGCCGGCUUCUCGUGCACGAGCACGAGCCAUGCUGCAGUUGCACUGGUUUCGGUGCUGCUGCUGAGCCUCGCGCACGGCUUGCUGGGGGCUCAUGGAGCCAGGAGGCUCAUGGAGCUGUACAAGCCGGACCCCAGCGAGCUCCUCACUUACCACAACGGCGCCGUGCUGCAGGGCGCCAUCCCGGUCACCGUGCUCUGGUACGGCCGCUUCACGCCGGCCCAGAAGGCCGUCGUCUCCGACUUCCUCCUCUCGCUCACCGCCGCCUCCCCGGCGCCGACCCCGUCCGUCUCGCAGUGGUGGGGCACCAUCGCCCAGCUCUACCUCUCCAAGGCCAAGGGCGCCAACGCCAAGCGCGCGACGCAGGUAGCGCUCGCCGGGCAGGUCUCCGACGAGCGCUGCUCGCUCGGGAAGAGCCUCGCGCUGCCCCAGCUCGCGGCGCUGGCCGCCAGGGCCAAGCCCCGGAAGGGCGGCAUCGCGCUGGUGCUCACCGCGGAGGACGUGGCCGUGGAGGGCUUCUGCCGGAGCCGGUGCGGCCUGCACGGCUCCGACGCCGCGGCCCGCACCGCGUACGUGUGGGUCGGCAACUCCGCCUCGCAGUGCCCCGGGCAGUGCGCGUGGCCGUUCCACAAGCCGGCGUACGGGCCCCAGGCGCCGGCGCUGGUGGCCCCGAGCGGCGACGUCGGGAUGGACGGCAUGGUGAUGAACGUCGCCAGCAUGGUCGCCGGCGCCGUCACCAACCCCGCCACCACCGGGGCGAGCUACAAUGCCAACGGGGCCAACGGGAGGAAGUACCUCCUUCCCGCGCUCUUCGACCCUGACACGUCCACCUGUUCGACCUUGGUGUAA